AAAGUUAUGCCUGUGUCACCUGUCCUUUCAAGAGCCAAACCAAAGGGCGUUAAUAAUAGAGAGUCAACAUAUUUUGGAUGCUGGGGGUCUGAAAAUGGAAGAAGAUGCUAUCCUACAAAAAUCCCUGAAAUGGUUGCGAGAUCUAUCUAAAGGAAACAUAAGCCACGAGCUGGAGGCACUCACUCUUGAAGGACUGCAGAUUGUCCAUGCCCAAAAGGGUUCCAUACGCUGCAAUUUCGUCGUUCCCACUCGUGCUUCAGAUCCAGAUGGGAAUUGGCAUGUUGGAGCCAUGGCCACGUUGAUUGACGACGUUGCUGCGACGGCAAUUUACUCCGUUGUCGACCAUGUCAAACUCUCCCUUGAUUUCAGCAUUUCAUUUUAUUCAACGGCCAAGAUUCAAGAAGAAGUGGAGAUAGAGGCAAAGGUGAUAGGGGAGAAGGGAAGUCUUACACAGGUGGUAGUGGAGGUUACAAGGAAAGGAAACAGAGAGCUAAUUGCUUUGGGUAAACAAUGGAUGGCCUCCGAUAAAAAAGGAAUGAAGCCAUCCCAAGUGAGUAGUAAGCUUUGAAACUUUACUUUGCUCUGUUUUCCUGAUGAACUGAUGCCACUGCCCAUUCUUCUAUGAAUACUGGUUUGGAAGGCUUUUUGCUCAUGUCAUCUCAGGGCAUUCGAAUACUACUCCCAGUUGAGUUGCUUUUUCUGGGUUUUGGUUUAAAUUGAUGAAAGCUUAACAUUUUCCUUUUAACUCGAAUUAAUAUUUAUGAAGAAUUGAAAGAGACACAUGGUUGCUGCUGGAUUUCUCAGAAGUUAAGUCUUUUUAUAUACAUAA